AUGAGAACAAGAAAUCAGAAUAAUUAAGACUGUGAUUUAGAUAUUUGUGGUAUUUCACGAUCCUAUUCAUAAACAAAGUUACCAAAUCAAAGUAAUAAUUCUAAAGAGAUGUCUUAAAAAAAUGAAAUGGUAUUUGUUAUUUAAACCUUAGAGUGAUAAAAAAAUAUAAUCAAUAAAAGACAAAGAUGAUCUAUAGGGUUCUAUAUCAUUGAAUGAUUUAAAUAUAUUAGGACUUAAAGAUUAUUAUUUAGUAUCUAAUGAUAAUCGUUUGGAAACUAAACCUAAAUUAAAUUAAGAAAACUUUGAAAGUCCAAGGUUUGAUUUACAAUAAAAUGAAUAUUUUAACAAUACAUUAGAUUAACUAGGUUUAAAGUUAAAUGAAGUAAUUGGCCAUUACCUAUGUGAACUUACAACUCAACCAAGAUUUUCAUUAGAUUCAAUAUCCUUGUAAAAUAGUGAAAAUUUAGAUGAAGAACAAUAACAAUAAAUUUUAGAUAAUGAAUUAAAUGCAAUCAGAUAACGUAUUUACAAAGUAAUACUUGUGACUAUUAUUCAAAGCAAAUUGUAGAUAAAAUAAAUCUAUCAGUAAUCUAAUCUGUAUAAUCAUUUGGUUCAUCAUGUUAAUUGAAUUCACAAUCUAAUAUUAUUUCUACAGCCUUUUCAAAAGAACUCAUAUCUAGUAAUAAUCAUAUCUCCUAAAUAUCAUAAAAAUCCUCAUCUCUUUCAUUUCUAGAUCUUCAUUCACAACUACAUCAAAGUAUACAUAAUAUCCAACCUAAAACAAACAAAAAAAAUGAAGAUUAACCUAUCACUCCUACUGAAGGUGAAACAUCUAAAGAUGAAUUGUACAAUAAACUUAAAAUUUCAUUAACCUUAAAUUAUUAACAAUAGUAAUUUAAUCAUUAACUUAAAGAAGAAUUGUCAAAAUUUGAAGUAUUUAUUUUUAAUUAUCUUAAAGAAAAAGAAUUAAAUGUAAGAACAUAUUGAAGAUGGAGACAAUAAUAAUAAUAUAUUCAUUGAAAAUCAAAGAUUAAAAGAAGAAAAUGCAAAAAUGAUUGAAUUCAUCUAAAACAAAAUUUGUGAUUAAUGCAAAACAAUUCCUAAGAAUUUUUGA